CUGACAUUCAGAGAGGAGCUCUUGGCACAGAUAAGUGUUGUGCAAGGAGUUAAUUUUUAGCGAGGACAAAAGGCAGAAGGGCCGUGGUGUUUAACUUGGAAGGACACAGCCCGUGAGCUGCCAGACAGGUUUAGGCAGAGCAGUAGAUAGGAAUUCUCUUUAAUGAUUCUGGCUCCCUUACAUCGCUGUGAGGCUUGAGAUUGCUCCCGAGUGACCUACUCGGCCGGGGAGUCUGUCCAUGCGUGUGCGCAGAACGCUGAGGACCGUUAACAGAGUGCCACUGUGCCCGUGCCAAGGCGGCCGCGCUGAUCGGGAGUCUGUCCGUGCAAACCUGAAGGGGCUGCUGUUACUGGACACGGGACUCGAAAUAAAGAGUGUUAUUGAUUCUAAACUUUGCCGUGUCUUAGCCCGACAUAAGCCUGCAGUAUCAUGCGCUCGCUCUCUGAGGACAUCUUCUCCACGCCGAAGCUCGCGAACCGAUGGGGGCACCAAGGUAUCAUCACUGGAGGCAGACGCACAGAAUCCGUUUAUGACCUUCUCCCAAAAGAGCUGCAGCUUCCGCCCUCCCAAGAGACGUCCGUCGCCCCAAUGAGUCAGACAAGCGGAGGGGAGGCCGGAUCCCCUCCGCCGGCCGUAGUCGCUGCCGAUGCUUCAUCUUCCUCCUCUUCCUCCAUGGGCGGUGCGCGCAGCUCCUUUACCACCACCUGCAGCCCUUCUAUUUACUCUACCUCACUCACCGAUACCAAAGCUAUGCAAUUGGAGACUUGCUCCGCUGCAGUGGGGGUAAGUAAACCCGGGGUAAGUGAACAGCUCUUGGCCGGCAAUGCGGGCCGGCAGCAGUCCAUGCCGUUGAGGUGGACGGUCCUCAGCAUUUCUCCGCCACCCGAAGACCUCCUGGACAGCAGUCAGAUGUCCUGCCAAGAUGACGGAGGUGGACAGGAUUCCGAGCAGAGCUGCAACAUGUGGACCGAGGAUUCCACCUCCAACUUCAGCAACAUGAGCUCCCGUUCUUACAAUGAUAACACCGAGGUCCCGCGUAAGUCCCGCAAGCGCAACCCCAAACAGAAGCCCGGUUCCAAAAGGCGGGACUCCAACAUGGACGUGUUCGAUGCGGACAGCGCCAAAGCCCCGCACUACGUGCUCUCGCAGCUCGCCUCGGACAACAAAGCCAACUGCCAGAGCGGAAACGGAGGACCGGAGAACCAGAAAGGAGCCAAAAAGACGCUGCUCCUAUGUGAGCAAUAUCCUAGCAAAGCCGAGGGCAAGGAGCUGAAAAUAACCGUUCAGCCAGAGACCCAACAUCGAGCCCGAUAUCUAACGGAGGGAAGCCGGGGCAGCGUGAAAGACCGCACUCAGCAGAGGUUUCCUACUGUAAAGUUGGAAGGUCACAGCGAGCCCGUGGUGCUUCAAGUCUUUGUGGGUAAUGACUCUGGCCGAGUGAAACCUCAUGGAUUCUACCAGGCCUGCAGGGUGACCGGGAGGAACACUACGCCCUGCAAAGAAGUGGACAUAGAGGGCACAACGGUCAUAGAGGUCAUGCUGGACCCCAGUAACCUGAUGACUCUAGCGGUGGAUUGCGUUGGGAUCCUGAAGCUCCGAAACGCCGAUGUCGAGGCUCGCAUUGGCGUCGCCAGCUCCAAGAAAAAAAGCACACGUGCAAGACUUGUGUUCCGUGUCAAUAUCCCUCGCGACGAUGGUUCUGUCUUAACACUACAGACCCCUUCGUCUCCCAUCCUAUGCACCCAGCCUGCGGGGGUGCCCGAAAUCCUGAAAAAAAGUUUGCACAGUUGCUCUGUUAAAGGGGGAGAGGAAGUCUUCUUGAUUGGCAAAAACUUUUUGAAAGGAGCAAAAGUGAUAUUUCAAGAGAACAUUUCAGAUGAAAAUUCAUGGAAAUCAGAAGCUGAAAUUGACAUGGAGUUGUUUCAUCAGAAUCAUCUGGUUGUGAAGGUCCCCCCCUUCCACGACCAGAACAUCGCAUCCCCUGCUUCUGUGGUGAUGUUUGUGGUGACCAAUGCAGGCCGAUCUCAUGACGUGCAGCCUUUCACGUACACUCCAGAGCCACCCAUCCCUGUAAAUGCUCUUAUAAAGAAAGAGAUACCGAGCCCAACACAGUCCUGUACUUUUGAAGACACUAUGAAAGCGGCUGUAGCCCCGUCUCCCUGUAACCUGGAGCAGGUGAACUCCCGAGGCUCUCCCGUUAAAUCAGGCAGUCUGAUCAAGAACGAGGAAGUGGCCCCCAUGGAGCUCACCGGAGAUCAGCGACCCUCACCUUUGUACAAAACAUCCAGUAUUGCUGCAACCGCUCAGCAGACUUUAGAGAACUCAUCCAGUGGGUCUUUUUCGCCCGCUGUAUCCCAUUUGCCUAAUGAGAACGAUCCGCAGACCCCAAUUCAGGUGUUCAGCCCAGAGCCGCUGUCCACCAUCCAAACACAAGACAUUGCACCAGCGAGCAGCUUUCAAGCUGUGACUUCUUCCAGCCAGUGUUCGAACAAUGACUCCAUCAUGCAGCAGGCGCAGUUUCAGGCUAUGGAUUCCCAGUCUAGAGAGACCAUGCAGUCCGAGAGGGCCUUAGCCGCAUUAUCACAAAUGGCAGAGGCCACACAGCAGCCUCCUCAGACUCCGUUGCAAGAACAAGCGCAGACACUGCAGCAGCAAAUGUUCUCAACAACCAGCGGCGUGAACCAGUUACAGGGCGUCAUGCAUCAGCUGCCAUCCAGCAACUUCCAACCAAACGUCACAGGCGGCAACGCAGAUGUGAACAUGGUUCAGCAAGUUCUGGAAGCGCAGCUAUCUCGCGUACUCUUUUCUGGACAAGGUGGGAGUGAAAAUAACCAGUCAUCGAUGGGGCAAGUUCAGGAGCAGCUCAAUGCUGGGAUGUUUCAGCAAGUGAAUUCGAUCCAAAAUAAUCCAAGCCCUGGGAUGUUUGGUUCUCCAGAGUCUGUGCAUUCUAGAUCAGAGAAUGUCCUCUCUGGAUGCCCUGAUAACCUUCUGCAGCAAGCCGAGAACUCCUUGUCAAGUCAGCAGCAGGCCAUGGAAACCACGGCAGCCCUUGUCAUGGAAAUGCAGCAAAGUAUGCACCAGUCUCCAGGACCAAUUCAAACCGAUCUCUUCCAGAGCCAGAAUUCUGGAGCCAGGGGCAUUCAGUCCCCAGUUUAUCAGCAUCAACAAGGGUCCCACCUGAUGAACAGCCUUUCCAACAAUGAAGAUAUGCAAUGUGACAUGUUCCCAAGCCCGAAUAUUUCUGGCAGUGAAGGCAGCGGUGGACAGCAGCAGGUAUCCGGCUCUGCCUCCAGUAUAUUCCAGGCUUCCCCUUCCCCAGACAACAAGAGCACGUCGGGACAGGCUGAACAAAUGCAAAGCGAUGUCUAUCAAAAUGUGGUCCAGAUGCAGCACAGCGGCGAAAGCCAAGCUCAGGUGAACCUUUUUUCACGAGCAGAAGACAUGCUUGGUGUUCAGUCUAGUGGGAGCCAGCAGCAAGGCAAUGGACUAUUCCAGCAAGCUGGGGAUAUAAUCAGUCUUCAGACAAGCAACUUCCUCCAACAAUCCCCUCACUCGCACGCUCCUCUCUACCAUACCCAAAAUACAAUAGGGGACAGCCAGAGUAUGCCCCAGGAUACUCAGGGCUCACUCUUUCACCCAUCCAGCUCUAUGGUACAACACCAGAGCACGGCGCCUUCACAAGAUCAAUUGCAGCCCCAGCUUUUCCACCCGCAGAGUACAAUUUCCGUUUUGCAGAACUCUUCUUCUCCAGAGCAGCCACCCGCGAACUUGUUCCUCUCUCAGAGCGCCAUGAACUCCCUGCAGGGUGGCGCAGUAGCUCAAGAGAAGCAGCUCUCCUUUUUCACGAGCCAGGGUUCCUUGCCGCAGCUUCAGACAGGUCAGAGCGCAGAGCAGCAGUCUCCUUUCCAGCAACAGGCCCAGCUGUCUCACAUGCAGAUUUCACAAGAGCAGCAGCAGCAGUCACAACAAGGCCUGUUCCAGUCACAGAACCAGCAAACCUCCAUCUUCCAGGCAACUCACUCCAUGGUUGGGAUUCAGACCAGCUCGUCGCAGCACGACCAGACUCCAAGCUUGCUUUUCAACACGCAGAGUUCAAUGGACACAAUGGGCUCCCAGGAACAGCAGCAGAGUAUGCUCUAUAGCUCCAGUCAAGAUCAGAUGACUACUCAGGAGCAGCAAAGCCAAGCCAUGUUUCACUCCCAGAGCAUGGAUUUCCAGGCUCAGAGUCCAGUUUCGUCCCAGCAUGAGCAGCAGCAACAGUCUCCUUUGUACCGCAACUCUCCGCAGCUCCAGUUGGUUCAGCAAUCUCCAACAUCCCCUGACCAGCAGGUGACCAUGUUUAUGUCUCCUGCUUCGAUGUCGGCCCUGCAGAACAGCAUGAACCAGCAGGAGCUGCAGCAGGCGAGCAUGUUCUCACAGUCUAUCCAGGGCAACGCGCCCUCUUCUCAGUCCCAGGCUGCCAUGUUCCACAGUUCCGCAGCGGGAGCCAUGAGUCAAAUGCAGAAUCAGCAAACAUCUCCGCAGGCAUCGGGAAUGUUUCUCUUCGGAAUCCAGAAUAGCUGUGGUCAGAUGAUGUCUCCUUCGAGCGGAUCUUUGCCGGAUCAGAUGAUGGCACUGGGCCAGUCUGGCCAGUCCCAAGGAGAUGGGCAGUCGGUGACCACACUUCUGUCUCAGCAAAUGACCGAGAGCUCCCAGAUGUCUUCAGAUCAGAAGAUCAAUGAUUUGCUCGUUUCUCUACAGAACCAGGGAAAUAGUUUAUCUGGCUCUUUCUAACCGAUGCAGUGAAGGACCCCCGGAAGAAUACUGUCAGUUCCGACGCCGUAAAACUGGAUUACUCUUUGUAUCAGCCACGGUCCAAAUAGAUUUGGUUUGUAGUGCUGUCUCCCCUGAUCUGUUAACGUCCUACUUCAGUAUUUAGUGACCAAGGGCUGCUGAGUGAAUAGAGUCUCAUACUCCAAAUGUUACUUCUUUCCCUAUCCACAGUUUUGAUGUUUACCUUCUAUUAGGUCCUUCUCCAUGACGUCUGUUUUAUUUAGGUUUGUGUGUGUAUAUAUAUAUAUAUCCGUGUACAUAAUAUAUAUAUUUUCUCAGUAUGCAUUGAAUUGCCCAUACAAAAAGCUGUGAUAGUGAGAGCCUGUCGCACUGGAUGUGUCACAGGUAGCGCUAGGUGUUGUGGAACUCACACUACAACGGUUACAACAUAGUGCUUUUCUGCAAUAAUCCCAGAGAGCAACGGCGGCACUUUCGUCUUCUCUUGCAUCUCAAAAUAACAGCGGCCACCGUGGGCACGCCGCGUAAAGAUGAUUGAUGCUGCUCUGGCAAAAAGCCUUCACCCUUGGCAGAAAAAAAAAAAGAA